UCUAGAGGUUCGAUAGUAGUGAGGAAGGUAGUCCGUCAUAGCCUCAGGCUGUGGGAGAGAGGGAGAGGUUGGAAGGAGUCCCAUUAGCCCUUCUAGAGGGGAGGACUCCUUAGCCAAGGUGAGUAGCUCGGAAUGACGUGGGCGGAUUGGGAAGAGGAUAAGCGAACUAGAGGAGGACCAAAGGGAAGCAAAGGGGAUGGAAGAGAGGGGCAUGGCUUUGUAGGGUAUGAUUGUGCCUUGGCUGUUGCGUGUGAAAUGGAGGCCCGAAAAGACUAAGGCCCGGAAUGGUUUUGUGAAUGGAACGCGUGGGCCAGACAAGGGAAACGAUAGCGGCUUAGGGAAAGGACGGCAGGGCCACGCCCCGAUGAUGCCGGAGAUCUGUCAUGACGCUAGGGAAAUGGGCAAUGGCAAGGAGACGCGUCCGUACGGCGCAACAGCCCGCGCACCCGGGCCGUCCUUGGAAAUCAGCAACGGAUGGGAAGUGUCGCUCCCGGCGAGCUACGAGGUCCGGGGAAUAGAUGUGGAAUGGCGAGCAGUGAUCUUGGGGCAAAACCAGACCUUCAUGAUGGUGGAAUGUCUAUGGAGUGGGAUGAGAUUUAAUAGGGGGCUAGGGGACGACCUGUAUACCGACCUCAGGGACGACGAGAACCUGGGUGUAGACGGAGAUGUAGAGCGAGAAGAGGACGCCUUAGGGGACCGGGAGUCAGCAAAGUUGCCAGGGGCUGCAGAAGGGAGUAAGGAAAUCGUCCCUGGUGGAAGCUCAGGGAAGGGUGGAGGAAGCAAGCGUGGGACCCAUGAGGCUAAGGAGGUUAGGGACAAAGGCAGCCCAACACGCCAGCACUUGGAAGGCGCGGAACAUAAGAGGCAGGAUGAAGUCCUCCGGGUAAUCAAGGAAAGGAAGGCAGCCGAGGGACAUAGGAUACCGGAUGAAGUAGCCCAGACCAUGAAGAUAGCGGUGGAAGGGUUCCUGACGGACCAAGAGACACGGAUAAUCAAGGAGGCUUGCCAAGAAUUCCACUUAGCUUUCGCUUUCAAUGACCAUCAGAAAGGAAGGCUAGACACAAAAUUGAUCCCGCCAGUCAGAAUCCAUACGGUCGAGCAUGAGUGCUGGAAUGACAAGGGGCCCGCGUAUGACUUCGGGAUUGUCGGAGAAGUUACGGAGCUCCUCAGGGAAAAGAUGGACUCUUUUGUGGCGGAGCCUACCGCGUCGCCGUACGCCAACAAGUGGUUUGUAUUCCGAAAACCCAACAAGUCCUUGAGAUGGAUCCAGGAUUUGCAGAAGUUAAACGUUGUCACUAUCCGGGAUGCGGGGUUGCUGCCCCAGGCGGACCUCCUGGCCGAAUCCCAUGCGGGUUGUAGCAUUUACUCGUUGAUAGAUUUGUACUCGGGGUACGAUCAGCUUCCACUGGAUGCCCGAGACAGACCCUACACGGCUAUGCAUACGCCAGUGGGCGAGUUGCAAAUGCAGGUCACGCCCAUGGGUUUUACCACCGCAGUAGCAGAGGCGCAAAGGAGAAUGCUUGCGGUCGCGGGAGAUAUGUUUCCUGCGAAAUGUGAGCCCUACAUCGAUGACAAUCCCGUAAAAGGGGCGAGAGACAAGGACGAGACGGAGGCUCAACGAGGGGAGCGGAGUACGGCGCGGGUGUUCGAACCACUCAGGCCCAUGCGAGUACUGGGGCCAGGGCAUUUGGUGCACCUUGACCUAGCAGUUAUGCCUGUGUCCACCAAAGGGUACAGGUAUAUACUCGAUGCUAGAGACAACCUUAGCGGGUUUGUGGAGGCCAUGGCAUUAAAGAAGAAAACAGGGUUGGCAUUGGCCGACUGGGUUGAGGAUUUCUACUUGAGGCACCCAUUCAUCAGGAGGUUUAUAGCCGAUAAUGGGACUGAGUUCGUAAAUCAAGACGUCCUGAACUCCUGCAAGAGGCUAGGGGUGCCCCUCAAGCUGAUUGAACCAUACCACCCGGAGGCUAACUCGCCGGUAGAAAGAGGGCACCAGACGCUCAAAAACACGAUUUCGAAGCUGGCAAUAGACGACCUCGGGAAUUGGCCCAAGUACCUCAGGCAAGUUGUGUUCGCUGAGAAUGUGACUCCUAAGAGGACCACGGGAUGUGUCCCGGUGGAAUUAUGGUAUGGAAGGGAAAUCGACUUCCCGAUAGAAACCCUAGUACCCACAUGGCACAAACUGGGGGAAGACCCUCACUUGACUACGGAACGAUUGAUUGAGGCUAGAUGCGAGCGGGCGGCAAAAGAUGAGGAAGCCUUGGAAGAAAUUGUGAACAGGGUCUUCGAUAGUCGGAUGAAGGAUAAGACCAGAUGGGACCAGCUGAAGAAUAUCAGGAAGGAGCAAUUGCAAGUGGGGGAAAUGGUUCUGGUCAGGGAUUCGGCACUAGAAAGCACAUGGUCAAGACAGCUAGGGCGAAGAUUCAAGGGGCCCUAUCGUAUCACUAAGAGGCUGGGAAUAAACACCUUUGAGGUUGAGGACUUGAAUGGAACCAGCAUAAAAGGGUCUUUCCCUGUGCAGCGACUGGUCAGAUUCCUCAGCAGCGAUCCGGUGGAGCAAUGACUGCAAGAAGCUCAGGACAAGGAAGCAGAAGAAUAGGUCGCUCAGUACGGCAACAAAAAUGCUACUUAUCA